AUGAAAGCUGUUGGUUCCGUUGCCAUUUUGCUGCUUUUGAUACUAGUGCAAAACAGUUGUCAAAAUCCAGUGAAGGACACAGAAGAAACAUCCAGUAACAUACAACUAUGCAUUUCAAACAGUACAUUGGAAAAACAAUCGAUCCCAUUGGAGGAUGUGAAACGGCACUCUGAAGGCACAUUCACCAGUGAUUACAGUAAAUACAUGGAUAAUAGACGUGCUAAGGACUUCGUACAAUGGCUGAUGAGCACAAAACGGAAUGGCAGGGGCAUUUCCAAGAGACAUGUUGAACCGACCAGACACACAGAAAGAAGUUACGCUAAUGAUAUAAGAUCUUACCUAGAGGAGAAGGCAGCAAAAGACUUUAUUAACUGGCUAGUAAAGGGACGUGGCAGAAGAGAAUUUUCAGAAGAUGAAAUUUUGAAUGAAGUGAUUCCUGAUGAAUUGGACAGAAGACAUGCUGAUGGUACCUUCACCAGUGAAAUUAAUAUUGUUUUGGACACCAUUGCUGCCAAGGAGUUUUUGAACUGGCUCUUAAACUCCAAAACUGUUGAAGCAAGGUAA